GGGCGGAGCUGCCGUCCCGGCUUGGCCCGGGCCGGCAUCAGGGAGCGGGGGUGUGCGGCGGUGGCCUUGUAGUCCUGGGGAGCGGCGGGCGAGGAGGAGCACAGCCGAUCACGGGAGAGGGGGUGUGGGUCCGCUCGGCUCCGCUUGGCUCCACCGGCGGCUCCUGAGUUUUUAAUGCCAGAGGAACUCAGUCAAACUAUAAUGGCAGUUGAUGAACUUCAAGCCAUAAUACAAAGAUGUCAAAUUCUAGAAGAAGCUGAUUUCAAAGGAGAAGAUUUUAAUCUGUUUCAGGUAGCAGGUCAGAAAUGUUUAGAAGAUGGGUAUGCAUCUGAGUUACUAGAAGUGAUUCAAAAUGAGAAAAAUAAGGUUAUCAUCAGGAAUAUGGGUUGGAAUCUUCUCUCUCCUCUUGUUAGAUGUAUUUUCAUGUACAAACAGGAAGACGAUAAGCGAGAACAUUGCCUGAAGAUACUAGAUCAGUUAGCACAGCUGUGCUAUCCGAAGGAACUUUUUUUGGGUUUACUUGAGGAGAUUGAGCAGACCUCUCCUGAGCAAGUGUGCCAAACUGUUAUGUUAUUGCUUCAGCCUUUGCAAACAGUGCUUUUGAAACUUCAGAACAAGAAGGCCUACUCAGUGGGUAUCUCCUUGGCCAUGAUUAUGAAUCAGCUUACUCCAUUACCUGUACCUUAUACAAAACAACAAAUACAAGAAGAUAAACUGGGUCUCUGUCAGUGUUGUAAUGCAGUGGUGCACUUUGCUAAACCUUUUGUGAAUGAAGUUGUUAAAAACAUGGAAAAGUUGUCAGAAGAUAAUGGAAUGGAGCUGAAAGAAGAAUUACUAAAAUUCUGUAUGAAAAGCCUGAAAUACCCAUUAUUGACAGCUCAGCUGGAGCAACUUGAAGGCAUUGAACAACAUCCCUUCCGGCAUUUUGCAACAGAAAUUGUAGACAUUUUGUGGGUUAUGAGAGAACUGAUACCAUUAAUGUUUUUACAUCGUAAAGGCAAAAGUCUACACUGGGAGAAUCAGGAAUUUGCAGACAUAGAGAAAGAGAAUUCUGAGGAUUCUUUGGCAUGUUUGUCAUAUCUGAUGUUUGUUCAGCAUUUUGGUAUUGAUUGCUUUCCACUGGUAUUUAGUCCAUCAUACCUUCUGCAAUGCAAUAUGACUCAUAUUGACGUGCUGCUGAAAAGAAAAGAGGAAUCUGUGUUAUCUAAAGGACUUGAUCUGUUUGAGAGCUGUUUACUGAGAAUGGAAGAUAACAGCCUUCUCCACCAGUAUUUAGAACUCAGAGAUUUCAUUAAUGUACCUCAGGAUUUGGUGAAAGUUAUGACCCUUUGUCCCAUAGAGCAUCUGAGGAAGAAGAGUUUAAAUAUUUUGCAGUUGUUCAUAGACAAGUUUGAUGCAGAAGGAAAAUAUACAUUAUUCAGGUGUUUACUGAAGACAAGCAACCAUGCUGGUGUGGAAGGAUACAUUAUUAAAAAUAUAAAAGAUCAGAUUCACUUAUCGUUAAUGAAGGAACAUGACAACAUUUGGUUUACAGGACACCACCUGAUCUCCCUUCUAGAUUUAGUGCUUUUGCUUCCAGAAGGUGCUGAGACUGAUCUUCUGCACAACUCAGAUAGGAUUAUGGCAUCACUGAAUCUACUGAGGUACUUAGUCAUUAAGGAUUGUGAAAGUGAUAAUCAAACCGGUGUAUGGACCACACUUGGCAAGAUUCAGCAAAAUUUUUUAAAACCACUGCAUGUAGGACUCAAUAUGUCAAAAGCACACUAUGAAGCAGAAAUAAAAAAUAAGAAAGAAAACAGAAGAGAGGCACAGAGUUCUAACACAGUUUGUUCUGUAACUGUUGGUGGGGAAAAGAUGCCUCCCAUGACUACUGAAAUGCAGCUUCAGGUUUUACACUCUGCUCUCUUCACAUUUGAUUUAAUAGAAAGUGUUCUUGCUCGUGUAGAAGAACUCAUUGAAGUGAAAAGCUGUAACGGAUGAAAACAGUUGGGUCAGCUGAAGGAUUCAAAUUAAAACACUUCUAAUUAGAUCAUUUUCACUUGAGACUUUAGUUGAAAAGGAGCAAUUUAGAGUGGCCUCUGGACAAACAGCAAAUGUUAUUCAUAUUUCUUGUUGCUGUUCUUUAUUUUCUUCUGCUGCUGUUGUGUGGAAUUCAGAGAUGGCCUCUUUAGUAAUGUACUCCUCUCCAGAAUUUGAUGCUUUUUAAGAUUAGAAAGUAAAACCCAGGGGUUUUUUUUGUUUGUUUUAGGCUUUUGUUUUUUGGGUUUUUUUUUUUCUUAUACUGUGGCAAAGAGGAAGGGUUAUGCAUUAAUUUUUCUGUUAUUUUAAACAAUCUGUUAAUAGUUGCUGCCUGGUGUUGUGGAUUAUAUGAAGAUUUUAAUAAAGUGACUGGAGAACCAUUAAGAAGCACUGUUUAAGCACAAGUAUUUUUAUUAGCACUUUUUUAUAAUGUUGACAAACAAGCUUCUAUAGUUAUAGACAGGCCUAUAAGCUUUAAAUGAAGAACACUGCAAAUGAAACCAGAUUUCAGGAAAAUGCAUCAAUUUUGAGCCAAAUUAUGUGUUUAAAAUUAGUAACAAAAUGGGCAUCACUUGUGAUUAAAAAACACACCAUGUAACAUUUCCUACAAAUACCUGGUUAUGCACAAGAAAACCAUAUUUUGGAGUAAUUUUGAUCAUCUUUAAUUAAAAAGUUUUCCUUAAGAGCUAUUGAAUAUUUUGGAAAGUUACUAUAAACAGAUGAGCUUGUAAGUUCAGAAUCAAGUUAAAAAUAAGGAUGGCUUUUCAGUAAUGUAGAUAAACCACUUUUUGUUUUGUUAGGAGGGACAUUUGAUAUGAUGAAUGCUAUUAAUGUUAUUUAAUAUAAAUUUUAAUUCCAAAUACAUAGGUCGUAUUAUACAGUCUUUUAUAAUGUAAC